AUGGCCAACGGCACGGGAGACAUCGGGAAACACAGGGAAAACCUCGUUUCUUUUAAGGUGUUUGGACAUCUUACAAGGGUGUUGAUGCCAAAGCCCCGAGGUGGGUGUGGGAGUAAAUUUGAUGAGUGUGGAUAUCCAAAGGUAAUAGAUAUGGAAAUGAUGAAUCAUAUCACUGAGAUAUUGGUACAAAGAAGUGCUGGAGGCGCAGUGUCUGGGAGUUCAAGUGCAGGAGUAGGUAGGUAUAACAGUGGAGGAGGAAUAGAUCUUGAAUACAGCGGCCAUCAUUUUGUGGCAGUCGGAGACAAAUUUUCCAUAACAUGCAUUACCACAGUGGAUUUGUACCCUCAGUGGACAUUCAAUGGUAAUGCUGUCAUCCCAGGGGAGGCUGGCUUUACCAUGCUUGAAGGUCAUGGAACCCAGGGAUACAUUGUGAGUCGUUUAUCAGUUGUGCAGGCUCAUACCUUCCAUGCCGGGGAAUACAAGUGUUCCCCAUUAACUGAUAAAACUCAUUCUGUUUAUGUCAUUGGUGGUUCAGUGACAGAGACGGAAGAUACUCGCGUACUACAUGAGGGUUCUCCCCUGUCUCUAACCUGCACCCAGAACCUCACAAAUGUAGACACUGUUUGGACCAAAGAUGGAGAGACAGUCACUGAGAAUGACCACAUAAAGGUUUUCAAAAACACCACCCUCUACAUUGCUUCUGCUGCAGUGACUGACAUUGGAGAGUACACUUGUGAACACAGCGGCCAGGACGAGCCUAAAGUCUUCAAUGUUGUUCAACUGAAGCUCCAUAAAGAACUCCCAAAGUCCACCACUGUUUUGGAGAAUGACAAGUUGGCUCUUUCCUGUCAGGUUGAAGGCAACCCACCCCCCACAGUCCAGUGGCUAAAGAAUGGUGAACUCAUGGAAGACUCUAUCAACUCCACCAGACUUAUUUUCUCUGAAAAUGAGCACAAAAUCCCCAAUGCCAGUCUGCUGAUCAAACCCAUCCUCAAGUCAGAUAUUGGAAACUACAUUUGCCUGAUUAAGCAGUAUUCUCUUCAGCUGAACACCACCACGGAAGUGCGUGUGAAAGACAUCUAUGCUGCCUUGUGGCCAUUCCUUGCCAUCGUUGCUGAGGUGAUUAUCCUGUGCGUCAUUAUUUUCAUCUACGAGAAACGUCGCAUCAAGGCUAACUUCGAUGAUUCUGAUUCAGAUCCUGCCCCAGACCAAAAAAGUGUUGCCGACCACAACAAAGAUGCUGAAGUUCGCCAGAGGAAGUAGGCUGUGAUGUGGUGAUAUUCUUAUCACUGAAGGAGAUGGUGUUUAGGAGGAAAAUAAGUUUGUGAUAUUUUUAGGAGUUGAAGGUGCC